AUGCGCCUUAUUGAUUUGGAAGAAUGGAAAGCACUCCAAGCGAUCCAGCCUUAUCUUUAUAAGGCAGCUCAGUAUGGAGAGGCAGGCAUUAGCGAAUCUCCGCCGCACGUGGUAACCCCAUUUCAAUUUCUUCAAUAUGAGCUCUUGCAGCUUGUUAUCUCAAUACAACCCGACUUAGAAGUCGACCUUGAAAUAAUCCGCCACAUUAAAAAGGAAGCAAUCGAGCUUUUCGAAAAGAUUUACCCAAUUCUACAGCGAAUUUUGUCCAACGAGCCCCCUUCUGCCUCCCUCCAAUGUAUUCAGAAACUUCUUGGCCUGCAAGUGCUUAGUGGCAAAGAGAAAACUGAGGCCGAUUCAACUUUGCCGGGAACAAUGUCAUUGAGUGAUGCGAAAUCGAUUGUUCCAGCACUCACAUCAUUCAACAAGCGCAUAGAAUCCAUAUUAAGGGCUCAUCUACAUGAUGUCACACCAGCAGCUGAGAACCUCGAACUGAGCUCUGUAACUCUUUACGGAGACAAGAGGACGUUAAUAGAUGCAUUUCUUAUGAGUUUAGAGCGGCAUAUGGCUUGUUGUAAGAGACGAUCUGAACAUCAUAUGCUUCUACAAGGAGCCGGCCAGAGCUGGCAGGCUGAAGACAAGUCGCUAAUUUCCUUGCUUCUUUCCUCUUGCGGAGAUCUGACAGGAUGGCAAGAGAUCGAAUGCCUAUCUGAUGGAGGGUUGCCUGGAGACGAGCAUAAUAAAGUAAAACUCAGACCUCUGCAAAGUCUCUGUGAGGAUAUUACUGUUGCACAGUGUUACAACGAGGUUUUAAACCUUCUCUUACUCGAAGGAACGCUGUACAAGCAGCCAAGGGAACAGAAGCGUGCUCAAAGGCGGGCCAUGGUACAAGUGAAAACGUUAGAGGAGCUGAUUGAAAAAAAGCACUUUUCUCCAAUCCGAUCAUGCUCGCUCUCUGCCAAAAGCUUCACUAUUCAGGAAAAGAGAGAACUCUCUUUGAAUCUGGGCUGGUGCUUCUUUUACCUUUUCGACUGUCCUUGGACACAUAGCGGUUGGUCUGCGGAUACUAUCUCACUCCUAUUAUCGGCAACCGGAUCCUCAAGCUCCCUCGAGUUCGAGACACCACCUUACAUUCGCUGCGAUCCACAACGUACCUCAUCUGAGAAGGAUGAGAAUGACCUGAGUAACAUAAUGAAAGAUUCCGUCUUCCUUGCCCUAGGCAAACUUCUCGUGGAAAUGGAGCUGGGUAGGCGGAUUACUGCGACAGAGUGUGAUAGACUUGGGCGGCCUAACCUCUGGCUGACUUUAUCCAAAGUCCUUGAUGAUGAAAUGCUUUAUGCAUGUGACGACUAUCUCAAGGCGAUUGAAGGAUGCCUCGAGUUGCACCGUUCUGAAUCCGAGUUAACAUCAGAAGAAAGUACAACGAAACCAGCGAAGGUCAUAUACAAUUCGAUAGUUGCAAACCUAGAGAAGGACCUUGCGCACUAUCGCAAACGAAGCAAGAAGCGACGCCGUAGCGUUUCUUGCCCCCCUAUGGACCUGGAUUCGAGCAUCACGUCUACGGCUGAGUUAAUGCCCGUCCGGAUGACAAAGUUUCGCGAUGAAAAAACAGAUAUUUCUCACGUAGGAAGCUGUGAGGAUGUGUCAGCUUCUAAUUUCAAGGAUUCAAGGGGACCUUGGAACAAUCAAGUGUCGCGCAUUCAACCAGAGGAAGCAGCGAUUGUUGCAGGGCAGGAAAGCAAGCAGAUACCGAAACGUGCCCGCAUCUCAACAGAUUAUUCUACUUCGGAAUUUAGAAGGGUGGAUAUAUCCAGCCUACUUAACACCACUACCACUUUUCCUCCUGUGCCCACCCGCUUCGUCCGGAUAUUUGAUGAUCUGGAACCCGACACAUCCCUAGCAGACUCUAGGGCCAUAUCUUCGACCAAAACCUUUCUGGAGAAUAUGACUUCUUUCAUUGAAGCAUACGUUCCUAAAGUCUAUACAUGCCAUAAACGGAUCAAAGUUUUAUAA